GGUGGAGACACUUUAAAGAAAGAAAGAAAAAAAAAAAAAAAAAGCUAAGGGCAUUAGAAGAUAACUCAAACAAAUAUCUUGCCAGAGCUUUCUGAGAGUACAGUUCCACAUGGGUGAAGAACACGAGAGAUUGCUGGAUAACACAAGUUAUGAAGCUGUGGAAUUUGGGGGUGAAAUCAAAGUUUCUACUGAUAAGGGAAUUGAUUCAACAUCGAUUAAUGUCAACUGGAAAUGGUGGUUUGAGAUAGCUUUCCAUACAGUUCUGACCUUAUCAGGCUUAGAAGCUGCUAUUCUCUUGUCAAGAAUUUACUAUGACCAAGGAGGUAACAGCAAAUGGCUCAUGGCUUCAAUCCAAACUGCAGGCUUCCCCUUUCUCAUCCCCUUUCUCUUCUUCUCCAAAACUCAUCCUAAUUCUUCUUCUUUUUCAGACCCACCACCUUAUUCUUUUCUGCUUCUGGCUUUAGUUUCCACUGUUCUUGGUUUGCUCAUAGCAGCAACUGAUGUUUUCUAUUCACUUGCCUUAGAAUACCUCCCUGCCUCUACUUAUUCCCUUCUUAACUCAUCCCAGUUAGCCUUCACUGCCCUUUUCUCUUUUCUCCUUAAUGCCCAAAGCUUCACCCCUUACAUAAUCAACUCCGUCAUAAUCCUCACCUUCUCCCCUAUGCUCCUCAUCUUCAGCCCAGACACCACAUCAUCGUCCGAGGUAGCCUCUAAUAAGGAUGAGUACAUGUUGGGGGUUCUGUUCACAAUCGCCGCGUCUGCUUGCCCUGCACUCAUCUUCUCCCUAUCCCAACUUGUAUUCGAGAAGAUCAUCAAAAGGGAAACCAUAAAAGACACGAUGAUUCUCACUGUUUUACAGUGUUUUGUGGCCACGGUUGUGACCCUGGUGGGGCUGUUUGCCAGUGGGGAGUGGAAGGGGCUGAGAAGAGAAAUGGAGGAUUACAAGCAAGGGGUUUUAGCCUACAAUCUGGACUUGUUUUUUACUGCUGUUGCCAACCAGGUUUACAUUGUUAGCUCUUAUACCUUGACUUUUAAGGUUUCGUCCUUGUUUUCCAACGUGGUUAUAAGGUUGGCCACUCCUCUGACUCCAUUGCUGUCCAUGUUGUUCUUGAAUGAAGAGAUGAGUGGGUUGAAGGUGAUGUCCUUGCUGCUGUCUGUCUGGGGAUUUGCUUCUUAUAUUUAUCAACAAUAUCUUGAUGAUUUGGAGGCCACAAGUAAGUGUACAGUAAAGAUAUCAGAUCUCUGAUCUAAGAAUGGAUCUAUUAUUUUAAUGUUUCCAUUUAAAGUCACAUGUACCAAAUUUUACAAAUAUACUGUAAUAUAAUGUUCAUUCCCAAAAUCUGAUCUAUUUUAAAGAAAUUCUACAACAAGGAAGAGUGGUAUUUUAUUGUUU